GUGAGUAUUUUGCUGACGAGCCGGACUGAAAGUGGAAGUUUUUGUGGAAAACAAGCGGAGUCAUUUGACAGGACCGCAGGGCUGGGACACCAGACAGAAGAGGCUCCUGAUACCAAAUUAUAUCAAGUUAUCCCGCUCUUCUUGUAAAGGAGUGUGUGAUGACGUUCUAGUGCCCUCCUUGGGGCAUACGGACAUGGUGCUCUUACUCCAGGCUGUGGUCACUACUGUGUCCCUCCUGUGGUCUGUAAGAGUUACUGAUGCGAUGCCUGACCCUGCUCAGAGGGAGCUGCUGAUGCGUCAGGAGACUUCUAGACAGACGGGGGGCAGAGUGACCCUGACACCGGCCGAACAGAAGCUGGAUGCUCACCUCCAUCGUUUAAAGGAGCAGGAGAUGUCUGCUGCCCAGUUCCUACCUGCUAUUCACUUCUUCAAAGCAAAGCCGCUCAUUGAGAAGAGCUCAAUCUUCAAACUGCUGCAGGAGAUGCCUAAAGGUGGAGCCCUCCACAUCCACAGCUCCACUUUGGUCAAUGUCGAGUGGCUGGUGAAAAACAUCACCUACAGGCCAAACUGCUACAUCUGCUUCACGUGGGACAACUCGGUCCGCUUCUUCUUCUCUGACCGCCAACCCUUUCCACGGUGGGACUGCUUCUUUUGGCAGCUACUUCAAACCUUGAGAGCAAAAAUAAGAGACCCUACUCUCUUUGAUAACAGUUUAAUGCAGCACCUCACACUCUUCACUGAGGAUCCAGAGGGAGCGUACCCAAACCAGGAUGUUGUGUGGCAGAAGUUUGAGAAAGCCUUCAUUGCUACUGCAGGGCUGAUCACACAUGCCCCUGUGCUAAGGGAAUACUUCUACAAGGGCCUGGGGGAGCUUUUGCAUGACAACAUCAUGUAUCUGGAACUCAGGAGCGGUCUCUCAAGGACAUACGAGCUUGAUGGAACCAUCCAUGAUAAGGUCUGGACUGUGAAAAUGUUUCAAGAAGUUACAAAGAAAUUUACCAAAGAUCAUCCUGACUUUCUCGGGGCCCGCAUCAUAAUUUCUGUACACAGGGCUUUGGGUGUAUCUGAUGUCAAAGCGGCGGUGAAAGAGGCCAUCCAGCUGCAGAAGGACUUCCCAGAUGUUGUCGCAGGAUUUGACAUGGUCGGCAGGGAGGACAGUGGGAGGACUCUUUGGUUCUUCAGGGAGGCCCUCUCUCUGCCCGCUGAACUGGGUGUCACACUACCGUACUUCUUUCAUGCAGGGGAGACAGAUGAUGAAGGCACAGAUGUGGAUCAAAACAUCCUUGACGCCCUUCUGUUCAACACCACACGCAUUGGGCACGGCUUUGCUUUGGCACACCAUCCACUGGCCAAAGAACUUUCUAGGAAAAGGAACGUGGCUGUGGAGCUGUGCCCCAUCUCAAACCAGGUGCUGAAGCUGGUGUCCGACCUCCGGAACCACCCUGCAGCUGUGCUGAUGUCGGAGGGCCACCCUAUGGUGAUCAGCUCUGACGACCCGUCAAUGUUCGGCACCACAGGCCUCGCCUACGACUUUUAUCAAGCCUUCGUUGGCAUCGGAGGGCUGAAAACAAAUCUGGGCACUCUGAAAGAGCUUGCCGCUAACUCUAUCAGGUUCAGCUCCCUGCCAGCUCAUCUGAAGGAAACCGGUCUCGCCAUGUGGCAGAAGAAAUGGGACGCUUUCAUCGUUGAUCAUUCAUGACCAGCAAAAUCUCUACGGAUCCUGUUUGACUUGAAAGAUGUUUUUUAACAGUAUAAAGCCGUAGCAAACAUCUAGAGGCAACCGGCAGACUUUAUUUGAACUCUUCACUGGAUCCUUGGAGAAACAGGCACGAGAGAGUUAAAAACAAAUGACAUCGUUGGAGAGGAUAUACUGAUGUCAGAGUUUAUGAGGACAAUAGAACAACGAGUUAGCCUCCUGAUGAAUUACAGACAAAUCCUGAACCUUCAUCUGAGUAUUCAUGGGGGACUUUUUGAAUUCAGAACAAAAACUAUAAUUAUUACGGAACGCCACAACAUUGGUAACAUUCAUCAAAAAAAUCAAGUUAAAAAUAAAAAAUGUAAUUGCAGGGA